CCGUUUCUGCCGUGGACGCCUGCAGAAUCUUCUUCCUGUUUCCUUUUCUAGUCUCCAGAUUCGUGCCUGGGAAUACGGUCACUUCUCUCUCGACAGUAAUACCAAGACGUCCAAAGGGGCAGUCCUGACUUUGUCGUUACGUCAGAUACCGAUAAUAUACCUAUUCGGUACUUUCGCUGGUUACAGACAUUCAUUUUCUUCCAGAAGUACAUCCCUGCGCUCAGUAACACAGCCGCGCGACAACCGAGCGACAGACGUACGAUCCUGUGGUAUCCAGCGAGGAGCCCAUUGGUGGAAGAGUCCGGGCAUGGAGAAUGCAUACACAAAGACGCCCGCUGAGGCGUUGAGGCAUUUUCAAGUCGACGAGCACAAGGGUCUUAGCGCAGAGCAGGUCAAGGCCGCGCGCGAGAAGCAUGGCAAGAAUGCGCUGCCAGAAGACCCUCCAACGCCCAUCUGGGAGCUCAUUCUCGAGCAGUUCAAAGACCAGCUAGUCAUCAUCCUCCUGGGUUCCGCAGCAGUAUCCUUUGUACUCGCACUGUUUGACGAGGAAGAAGGCUGGACGGCUUUCGUUGAUCCAGCAGUUAUUCUCACCAUCCUCAUCCUCAAUGCCGUCGUCGGAGUCUCGCAAGAAACUAGCGCUGAGAAAGCCAUCGCCGCCCUCCAAGAAUACUCGGCCAACGAGGCCAAGGUCGUACGCGACGGACACAUUCAACGCAUCAAGGCAGAUGAUUUGGUUCCCGGAGAUGUCGUAUCGGUCACAAUUGGCGACAGGAUACCCGCUGAUUGCAGGAUUCUGUCCAUCCAGAGCAACAGCUUCAACAUAGACCAGUCCAUCUUGACCGGAGAGAGCGAGAGUGUGCCAAAGGAAACCAAGGCUGUCAAGGAUGAAAACGCUGUCAAGCAAGACCAGGUCAAUAUGCUUUUCUCGGGUACUACGGUUGUCACGGGCCAUGCAACUGCGCUUGUUGUCUUGACUGGCGGUAACACGGCCAUUGGAGACAUUCACGAAAGCAUCACGGCCCAGAUCUCGCAGCCUACCCCGCUCAAGGAGAAGCUCAACGACUUUGGUGACCAGCUGGCAAAGGUUAUUACGGCCAUUUGCGUUCUUGUCUGGAUCAUCAACAUUGGCAACUUCAACGACCCGUCUCAUGGAAGCUUUGCAAAGGGUGCCAUCUACUACCUGAAGAUUGCCGUUUCGCUUGGUGUCGCUGCUAUCCCCGAAGGUCUGGCCGUCGUCAUCACCACAUGUCUGGCUUUGGGUACACGCAAAAUGGCUGCUAAGAACGCUGUUGUACGAAGCCUGCCUUCGGUCGAGACGCUUGGAAGCUGCAGUGUCAUUUGCUCCGAUAAGACGGGUACUCUUACCACGAACCAGAUGAGCGUCAACAAGAUGGUUUUCCUCAAUGAGAGCGGCAGCGGACUCGAGGAGUUUGACGUUGAAGGCACUAGCUUUGCCCCCGAGGGCCAAAUCUCGCUCAAUGGCAAGCCAAUGGAAAACGUCGCUGCGCAGUUCGACACGGUACGCCAGAUCUGUGAGGUCAGCGCCCUUUGCAACGAUGCAGCUCUUGCCUACGACCCCAAGAACGGUUCCUACAGCCUGGUUGGUGAGCCUACUGAAGGUGCACUCCGUGUUCUCGCUGAAAAGGUUGGAACACCUGAUGCUACCCACAACGCGACUCGCGCCAGCACCUCGCCCGAAGGACGUGUCGAUUUCUCGACCAAGCACUACGAAAGUCACUACACUCGUUUGGCCACGUACGAAUUCUCUCGCGACCGCAAGAGCAUGUCUGUCCUGGUCAAGAAAGGCGACUCGCAGAAACUGCUUGUCAAGGGCGCUCCUGAGUCUGUUCUCGACCGUUGCACAAGUGUGGUUGUUGGCAAGGAUGGCAAGAAGGUCGCUAUGAGCCCGCAACUCGCCAGCCUCAUCAGCAAGGAAAUCAUCGAAUAUGGUAACCGUGGUCUUCGCGUCAUUGCUGUGGCUUCGGUUGAAGACAUCUCUUCUCACCCGCUUCUGAACAAGGCAAAGACUACCAAGGAGUACACCCAGCUCGAACAGAACAUGACACUUAUCGGUCUCUGCGGCAUGUUGGAUCCUCCCCGCCCUGAAGUUCGUGACUCGAUCGCCAAGUGCCGCUCCGCCGGAAUCCGUGUCGUGGUCAUUACUGGAGACAACCAGAGCACGGCUGAGUCCAUCUGUCGCGAUAUCGGUGUCUUUGGCGCCAACGAAGAUCUCACUGGCAAGUCGUUUACCGGUCGCCAAUUCGACGACCUGUCUGAAGCGGACAAGAUGAAGGCAGCCAAGAACGCCAGUCUUUUCUCCCGCACUGAGCCUACGCACAAGUCCAAGCUGGUCGACCUCCUCCAACAAGCCGGUGAAGUCGUUGCCAUGACUGGUGACGGUGUCAACGAUGCGCCUGCCCUCAAGAAGGCUGAUAUCGGUGUUGCCAUGGGUUCUGGAACCGACGUAGCCAAGCUCGCCGCCGACAUGGUUCUCAUUGACGACAACUUUGCUACCAUUGAGGGCGCUGUGGAGGAGGGUCGUUCCAUUUACAACAAUACCCAGCAGUUCAUCCGCUACCUCAUUUCUUCCAACAUCGGCGAGGUUGUCUCGAUUUUCCUGACUGCUGCCCUGGGUAUGCCCGAGGCUUUGAUCCCUGUCCAGCUCCUCUGGGUCAAUCUUGUAACCGAUGGUCUCCCCGCUACCGCUUUGUCCUUCAACCCUCCAGACCACGAUGUCAUGAAGCGUCAACCUCGCAAGCGCGAUGAGCCUCUGAUCAGCGGAUGGCUGUUCUUCCGCUACAUGGUCAUUGGAACCUACGUCGGCGCCGCCACAGUCGCUGGUUACGCUUGGUGGUUCAUGUUCAACAGCGAAGGCCCCCAAAUCACCUUUUCCCAACUCCGCCACUUCCACCGCUGCUCCACUCAAUUCCCGGAAAUCGGCUGCGAAAUGUUCGGCAACUCGUCUGCCCAGGCCGCCUCCACCGUCAGCUUGAGCAUCCUGGUUGUGAUUGAGAUGCUCAACGCUAUGAACGCACUGAGUAGCUCAGAGAGUCUGUUGACACUGCCACUGUGGGAGAACAUGGUACUCGUCUAUGCCAUUUGCCUAUCCAUGGCUCUUCACUUUGCCCUGCUCUACGUCCCCUUCUUGCAAGGUCUCUUCAGCGUCAUCCCGCUUAACGGUAAUGAGUGGAAGGCUGUUAUGGCGAUCAGCGCGCCUAUUAUCCUCAUCGACGAAGUCCUCAAGUUCAUCGAACGCAAACACUUCACCCAAAAGGGUAGCUUGAAUAUGCCUGCCAUCGAAGCGCAGAACGGAAGGCCUAAGAAGGAGUAAACUUGCUCUUUGCUCCUUGCUCCUGUCUUGUCUUGUCUUCAUCUUUUGUUUUUUCUCUUCUCUUCUCCCCUCCCCCCUUUUUUUUUCUUUCUUCUUCAGCCGUCAUACCACAGACAAGACUAGAGCGGCGGAGAGACGGAGAGAGAGAGAGAAGAGAAGAGAAAAGUCACCGCGUAUAUCAUAGACAUAGACAUUGGGCAUAUAUUUGUGUGUGUGUGUGUGUUUACAUGUGUUAUGUGUGUUAUGUGUCUGUGUGUAAGAGAGAAAGAGAGAGAGGGGUAGUGGAAAUGCAAAUCAAAAGUAGAAUAGAAGAGAGAUGAUGAUGAUGAUGAUUUGAUCUGAUCUGAUCUGAUCUGUAAACGC